GAAUCAUCGUCAUCGUCAUCACCAGACGGAUCACCACCACAACAGAAAAGACUCGAGUAUCCCACGCCAUUGGAACGAUUGCCGUCAUCACAAUGUCGGCCCAGACAGUGUCGAUAUGUAAAUUCGUCGGCACAAUCACCCUGGGAAUCGCGACGGGUGUUUCCGCAACCCUUUCCACAACCGCAUUCCCCGCACUGCUCGCCCUCCCCACUGCCACAAACGCACGCACUUCACUUGCCUACCUGUCCAGGCAGUCUUCCUGGCUAUCGUCAUAUCUCCGCCAUGUCACCACGUUUACCUUGUUCUCCGCCUAUGUACUGUCGCCGCGACGCUUCCGCCAUCCCUAUCUGCUCUACACGUCCAUCUUCGCCUUCAUCUCCGGUCCGGGUGUCGACUAUGCUGUGACUGCCAUGGAAGGAUCAGAUGAGAAGAGGCAGGUCAUGGAGCUAGAGGCACAGGGUGAGGAGGUUAACGGCGAAGAGGUCAGAGAGUUUGUUGAGAGGAGACAGAGGACCGAGUUGAUCAAGACGGGAUUAGCGGGAGUGGCAUUCGCAAUGCAGGUUGUUGGUCUAUGGGGUGAUGGUGCUUAGAUGGACUACGGAAGAUAGAGAUGCCGUAAAUAGGGGCAUGAGAAGAUAACGUGUGCACGACCGAGUAGGUACAAGGAGAGAUGUUUUUAAGUUUUGCAAUGAGUUGGGGGCUAUCGGAUGGCGACUGGUGUAGCAUUUGUUCCGGACUCUCCUAUCUUUCCCUGCUUUUUUGGAAUAUUCAUCCCAUAUACGGACAUUAGCGUGUCAAUCUGCUUUGCUCUUAGGGUCCACCUUGUGUAACAUGCUUCAACCUCGCAAACCAUGUCCACUUUCCGCCAAGUGAU